GACAUAGAGGGCGAGUGUGCGCAUGCGCGGCCGCCCGAGGGCCGAUGGCGGCUCCCGCUGUCCCCACGCCGCGAUACGAGCAUAUGGGGCCGCGCGGCCCUUACCGGGACGUGUACGAGCCGGCCGAGGACACCUUCCUGCUGCUGGACGCCCUGGAGCGGGAUGCGACCCAGCUCCGGCAGGCGGGGUACACGCGGAUCGACAUCUGCCUUGAAAUAGGGUCUGGGUCUGGCGUGGUUUCAGCAUUCUUAGCUUCCAUCAUUGGAGCCAGUGCGCUCUACCUAUGUACAGAUAUCAAUCCUAUGGCAGCUUACUGUACACUGGAGACAGCUCAGCUGAACAAUGUUCACCUUCAGCCAGUCAUUACUGACCUGGUCAAAGGACUGUCACCAAGAUUAAACGGGAUGGUUGAUCUACUGCUCUUUAAUCCACCAUAUGUGGUAACACCCUCUGAAGAGGUGCAAAGCCAUGGAAUAGAGGCAUCCUGGGCUGGUGGCAAAAACGGCAGAGAAGUAAUGGAUAGAGUUUUUCCAUUAGUAGCAGACUUGCUUUCAACAAGAGGAUUAUUCUACUUGGUCACAAUUAAAGAAAAUAACCCAGAUGAAAUUCUGGAAACAAUGAAGAAACAUGGCUUAGAAGGCACACAACUGCUUUCCAGACAAGCAGGACAGGAGAUGCUUACUAUUCUCAAAUUUAGGAAGCCUGGAUAACUGUUUUUGUUAUAUAUACUAGGCAUGCCAAAGGUUGGAUACAGAGUACUGAAGUUGUCAAAUUAUUUUCUAAGUCAGAUUUGGACAAAGUGCAUCCUCACUUCCUCAUCAUUGCAAUGAAACUGAUCAAGACUGUCCUUAUUUUUAUUCUGGAUGUCAACCAGCUUUUAUCUGGUUGUCAGGUACAGCUGUUCUCUGGCUAGCUGCAGGAGAGGUGUGAGUGAACUGGAAGAUACCAUAACGCAUCAUGUUUUGCACUUUGCUACUUUUACAAGUAGGAGUUUGUGUAUUUAUUUUUCUUGGCUUAUUGAAAGAAUAUACGUAUUUGAUGUAACUUCUACUGUUUUAAUAGCUAGUCUGUUGCUCUCUUUGGUUUAAAUGAAAAUUUGGAAUCGUGUUACUCGUUUUGAUGUAAUGCAAGGCACGGCUUCCAUAGAAACUGAUCUUUAAGGUUCUGUGUUAACAGAAACUUUAAAUGAUUGGUUAGCUGUUUUCAUGGGGACUAAAAUCACAAUUUAUUUGUUUUGUCAGUUACUGAGGCUUUAGAAUAACUAUUCUGUAUGACUUCAGAGCUAAGUGUAUACCUCUCUACUAAGCUAGCUGGCAAAAACUUUAGGUUUUUCAUCAUUGGAGCUGACCACCCAAAAAAGCUCAGCUAGGAGACUGUAGAAAGGUUUUGGACAAGCAGAACACCAUGAAAGAAAUAAAAGUGUAGGGCAUGUUAGCAGAAACACACAACUACAAACCCAGCUAGACCAUCUGCUAGACCAUUUUUCUGCAAAGUAACGUGAGAGGCUACUUUUUGACUGAUACAGGUCAGAAGUUGAUGUUUCUCAGGCAGAAAGCUUAUUCCUUGUACUAUGCUGAAGAGCAUACAGUACUAGAGAGCAGGCAGUACACAGUGGUGAUUGUUCUACAUUCCAAUAUCGCUACUCCCCAACUCAGAAGACUAUGGAAAAACAAACACUGCAAUUCAAUCCAAGCACAGCUAAUGCAUUACUUUCAGAUAACAUGGGUUUUUUUUUUGUCAAUAUGUUUUUAUAUGGAUUAAUAUGAAUGUGAGCAUGAACACUCAGAAGGAGAAUUUAGACAGAAGAUUCAGUUAUGUAAAGGAUAUUACCUGAUUUUGGUAAGUAAAAGAAUCCCUAAAUAACAAAGUGAGUCUCACUGACCAAAGCGAGGCUACAAUUACCUUUGAUUCUUAACUUCAGAAUACCUUGUCUAAGGAAUGCACAAGUGAGAAACUGAGAUGAAACUUUGUGACCACCUGUGAAAUAACAAUCCCAUAGUCUCUUUCUAGUGAUGACUUAAAGCAAUUCAUGUUCUUGCAAUUUACCUCCUUUACUGUAAGGAGGGGAGGUUCUCUACUCAUUGAUUCUGCUUUUAUGCAGAAUUAUGGUUUUGGUGUUACAACUGUAGUGCUGUUCAUCCUUAAGAUUGCUCUGUAGGCUUUCUGUUGUUAAUCAUUUUGACUAAAGUAAGGUUGCUGUGCAAAGGUCAUGACAUCAAAAAAACAAAAGAUGGAGUUAAAAUAUAUAAUGGAAUCAAACUGCAAGUUUAACAAAGGGAAUUUUUAGUUCACCUGACUCUAAGCUGUAAUUAAAGAAUUAGCUUAAAAACAGGUAAUCAAAGAAAAAAAUGCAGUUAGCCCUUGAGCAUGUGGUUUUACUGCACGUUAUAAAUGACAAUAAUGGAUCAGAACACAACAUGUAAUAAAACAUAACAUGCUUUCAACAAAAAUAGAUCACAAUGGACUAUCUGGCAGCUGGAUUUCUAAACAAGGAAAUAGAUGUGUCCACUUUAAUAAAUAAUGAGUCAGUUCUCUUA